AGGUUUCUUUUACGGUGGCAACGAGAUUCAAAAAUUUUUCUUACCCUUUGAUGUGAUGUACUUCGGAUCCAUACACCAAUUUUCGUUGUUAUCAGCGCGCCAGGCCAAGUGAUCUGGACGGCAUAUACCUCGGAGACCUCGGACAUUUGCAUGUCCAUCUGUUUCCUGAGGUUUUCCUCUGAAUCACUGCAAGCUCUCUUAACUUCGCUUUACAAGUCUACCUUUUGUGUCCUCAGGGACUGUAUGAUUACACAGAGGAAAAGGUGAUGACGGAAUUAAUUAAGGUGUUUGUCUAUGGGACCUUGAAAAAAGGAUUUGCAAACCAUUACCUCAUGCAGGAUGGGAGAAAUGGAGUGGCACGAUUUAUAACUAUUGGACAUACCAAGGAUGUUUUCCCACUUGUUGUUGGGACAGAUGCAUCCAUUCCUUUUAUGCUUCCAGUGAAAAAUCAAGGAAAGCAAGUCCAUGGUGAGAUAUAUGAAGUUGACAAGAAUGUUCUGAGUAAACUAGAUGAUUUAGAAGAUCAUCCAACAUGGUACAAGCGUUCAAAAUGUGACAUUGUCACAACUAAAGGAGCAACAGGAAUUCAAGAAGGGGAUAUUGUACCUUGCUUUGCCUACUUUUUAACUGACUUCAAAGCAUCAUUCUUAUCCCAAGAUUUUCUCAAUGAAUACACCCUUGAGUGUCACCAGGCAUACCUUGAAUCUGACAAAAGAUCCUUGCCUUAUGAUGUGAAACUCCAGUCUCAAAGAAAAUGACCAGGAAUUAACUUAUCAAGGAUUCUGCAUUUAUUGGGUCAUUUAAAGACUGUUAGAACAACUCUUCACACACAGAAAGACACAGAAUGUCCUUUCCACUUCUACAAACUAUAUCUGUCUUUAAGUUAAAUCUCUAGAAAAGGAGUGUGGACUUAUCAAGACUAAAGCAGAGUCUUGUAUAUUAACAUCACUUUAAUAGAAAGUGUAAUUAAGGUUCCUUUUACAAGCUACAAUUACAAUACAAUUUUUGUAAGGAAAACUAUUCACUCUUAGUGUUAUCAAGUAUGCUACGUACAAUCCUAUUUUGCUCCAUAAUAGUUUAAAACCCCUUUUUCAGUUAUCUAAGCUUUGAAAAGCCACACAACUAACAAUAUGAAUUUUUUAAAAUUUUAGGUCUUGGAUGCCUUGAUGGGAAAAUAAAAUUUGAACACUGUAUUACAUUUCAGGUUACUUAAAGGAAAAUUUUGAUAACAUGAUUAAGAACUAGAAACAAGGUAACACUCAGAACACUCAGCUUACUCUGUAAAUUAUGGAAUAAUUACUAAUUAAAGAUUCAUUAUUCAGCAA